AGUGACUGUGUAUAAAAGAAAAGGACAGAAAAAUGACAUACUCAUGUACAAAAAUUACGAAUACAAAAUGGAACGAACCUCGACUCACAGACUGAUGUGGUGUUGUACCAGGAAGGAAAGUCUGAAAUGUAAAGCUAGAAUCGUUACUUUCGGAAAAGUGCUGCUUAUCAAGCACAUGGAUCACAACCACGCUCCCAUGUUGAAAAAGGACCGCGAAUACACGAAACUGUCGAUGAUUCUUGGCAAAGAUGGCGAAAAGUCGUACGCCAAAGAAUUAAGGCGAUCCAAGAAACAGGAUGACGAAGACGAUGACCAAAAAAAUGACAUGUUUGGAUAUGAAGUAAUUCUCUUUGAAUGAUAAUGAAAGGAGUUUUAGUAGCCGUUUUUAAAUUAAUUUUCAAGCGCAUUUUUUAGGAACCCCUGGGUUCUUUAGAAAGUUUGCACGCUAGCAUUUAAUUGAUCAAGAACUUUGCCAAACGUAAUCGACGUGAUUACGUUGCGAGUGUAGUAGCUGAUGAGUUAAGGAUUGCUUGUAAUAUAAUAUUAAACAUCU